CCAGAAAAAUUUAGAGUAAAGUGUAUUCAUACAACGGUUGUAUAAUUGCACUGGCUUAAGCCUAGCAGAGUCAACUAAUUGCAUCAUUAGCUGAAUAGUUCAGUUACUUUAUUGGUAAGUAGAAAAAAACAACCAAGCACUAUGUGGGACAUGCUUCAGGACUACAUAAUCUCCGUUAAAAUAGCCUUAAAACCUAACCUUUUUCACUUUCUUUGCCAUUCAUUCCUAUCAUGCUUUCUCCAUUUUCUGCCCACCAUAAACAAGCAUCCCAGGUGGUGAAGUUGUUCUAUCACCGUAGAAAGUGAUUUUCAAAGUCAUACAUCAUUUUCUGCACAUGUCUUUUUUUAUGUAGGAUGGUAUUGAGGGUGUGCUAGAUUAAUGCUGUUAUGGCUUUUGAAGAUGGUUCCGAAAAGGAGCUACAGAAAGUUGGUCUAGAAAUCUCCAACCGUUUUCCUCUUACAAGGACUACUCUGGCAUCUAUGGAGUCUUUGUCUUUGCCAGUGGUUCAGGAAGUUGUUCUUUCUGCUGAUAUGCAAUGUGAGAAGUGCCAGAAGAGGGUAGCUGAUUUUAUUGCUAAAAUGAAUGAAACGGAGUCAGUGGUGGUGAAUGUGUUGGAAAAAAAGGUGGUACUUACUUUCAGAUUAACAACUAUUGGUAAAGUAAUCUCUCAACAAAUUACUCCCCUCCCUAAAGUUGCAAUUAUUAAAAGGAUAUUUCGUUUUUCACGGAGCUAAGUAUCGCUUACAAGAGAUCCACAUGAGCAUAAGAUUUUUCUAAUUUGGUACAGCACAAACUUUAUUGCAUCUGUGAUUGAAUUUCUUUUGUAAUUGCCUUCUCACUGAAUUAGCCUUGUCGAGAUAUGGAUAUUCCGAAGUGAUUUAGGUCUGUUUAUUUUAGAGGAAAACAGAAUUAAUUUGAUUAAAACAAUUUUGAGAAAUAUGUAACUAAGUUUGGUGCCCUCUGUAAAUAAUGUUUGUUGUCACCUCAUGACUAGGGUCACUCAGUGUUACACAAAAAUCCUGGUCAGCAUCUUUGAUUAGCUGAAAUAACAUUCCAGUGUAUGUAUUUUUUAUAAUUCCAUUAGGUAGUAAGUAUAAAUACAAAAAACAUGACUUUUUUUCCUCUGAAGUUAUCUUAUACAUCUAUUUCAGAAUUGCAUCACUCGCAACCUCCAUUUCAUUUCGCUUAAUUUUUAAUCAAACACCAAAUUAUUUCAUCUAGUUUACAAAUUAAAAAAGCCUAAUCCCCAAAUAUUUAAGUUAAUCAAGGUAAACUUUAAUCACUUCUAUUUGAUUUCAUCGAGCAUGUAUCAAGCUAGUUGUGUUUACAUGUACUUCAUAAAAAUAAU